UCCGGCCACCCCGCCCCCGCCAUGGCGCUGCUGCUGAGCUGCGUCUUGGGCCCGCGGCUCUACCGGGUGUAUCGGGCCCGAGGGGCGGGGGGGGCGCGGGGGGAGCGCGGGGACGCGGGCUGGGACUCUUACUACCAGCCGCGGGCACUGGAGAAGCACACAGACAGCGUCCUGGCGCUGGCCUCGGUGCUCUGGUCGCUCUCGUACUAUGUUUCCCCCCUCGCCAUCUUCUACCUGUAUCGAAAAGGGCUGCUGACCCUGUCACGGGUGGUGCCGCUGUCGCACUGCGCCGGCGCUGUGGCGCUGCUGCUGGCGGGGGUCGCCUGCCUGCGAGGCCUCGGCCGUUGGACGAACCCCCAGUACGUGGAGUUCAUCUCAGUGUUGGAGCAGAGCCACCGCCUGGGCACCCCCGAGAGCAAGCGCAAACUGAACCGUUAUUCUUUCGAUUUCCGGAGCUGGCCUGUCGACUUCUGCUGGGAUAGCGAUGGCCCUGCCUGGGGGGGGUCCCGCUCGGUGCCACUGCUGCGCCCCCGCCCCGAACCCCGCGAGCCCUGGUGGGGGCGGCUGAUGGGGGCCCCGGGGCGCCUCGGCAGGCUGAUUCUGGCGCGGACGCUGGGCCGGAGGCUGCUCUUCCCGGGCUCCGUGCGGCUGCUGCAGCGAGCGCUGCUGCCCACCCUGCUGCAGGGCCAGGCGCGCCUCGUCGAGGAGUUUGACGGGCAGCGGGCGAAGCUUCUGGCGUGCGAUGGCAACGAGAUCGACACCAUGUUCAUCGACCGGCGUGGAGGCAGCGACCCCCGGGGCAGCACCUUGGUCAUUUGCUGCGAGGGCAACGCCGGCUUCUACGAGGUCGGGUGCCUCUGCACCCCCCUGGAGGCCGGUUACUCUGUCCUGGGCUGGAAUCACCCUGGAUUCUUCGGCAGCACCGGGGUGCCGCUGCCGCAGAGCGAGGCCAACGCCAUGGACGUGGUGCUGCGAUUCGCGCUGCAGCGCCUGCGCUUCCCCCCCCAACGCAUCGUCGUCUACGCUUGGUCCAUCGGCGGCUUCACUGCCACCUGGGCGGCCAUGUCGUACCCCGAGUUGGGGGCGCUCGUCCUCGACGCCUCUUUUGACGAUGUCCUGCCCCUCGCGCUCAAAGUGUUGCCGCGGAGCUGGAGUAAUCUGGUGACGCGGACGGUGCGGGAACAUUUGAACCUCAACAACGGGGAGCAGCUCUGCAGGUACCAGGGGCCGGUGCUGCUGGUGAGGAGAACGAGGGACGAGAUCAUCACCACCACGACUCCCGACGACAUCGGCUCCAACUGCGGCAAUGAACUGCUGCUGCGGCUGCUGAGGCACCGGUACCCCCGGGUGAUGGCGGGCGAGGGCGCGGCUGUGGUCCGUGAGUGGCUGGAGGCGGCCCCGGCCGAGCAGAGCGCGGUGGCCGCCCGCUGCCCCAUGGAUGAGCGCUGGUGCCGCGAGACGCUGAGCGCCUUCGCUGGGGACCGAGACCCCCAGUUCCCGUGGGGCCUGGGUGAGGAGCUGCACCCGGAGCAGCGGCGGCAGUUGGCGCUUUUCCUGGCCCAGCAGCACCUCCAGGAUUUUGAGGCGUCUCACUGCUCGCCCCUCCCUCCCCAGGCCUUCCGCCCCCCCCGGGCCCUGUGACCCCCCCACUCCCCACUCAUUAAAGU